GAGAAAAUGUCAGGAACUGUAAAUCAGAUGGAUGAGGGUACCUGAGUGGGAGGCUCCACACCCCGAGCCUUGCAGGGACCUGAUUCCAGUUUCAACACAGGCAAAAGGCUUGGAGAAGGGAUAUGAAUCACAGAAAUACAGGGAGAUGAGAAACCUAAGGCUUUGAGGAGAUGGAAGCAGCAAUUAUAUGGAACCCAAGUGCCAGUAAAAGGGCAAAGGAAGAAUGGAGUGGAAGAAAAGAGUGAGGAGAUGGAUAGGGAUUUUUAUUUUAAUUUUUUUUUAAGGUUAGAAGAAUGGUUGAGAAGAAAAACUGGGCAGGUGAACACAGGGGAUUAGUAAGCAAGAGCAAAGUACAAAGGCUUCAAAAGCAAUCCAGCAAAGUGAAUUUAGGAAAGAGGAAAUAAUUGUAGAGGAGAAAAGGCUUUGGAGACAGAGGGUGCUGAGAGCAUUGGAUGUUUUGGAACACCGCACAGCUGUGGAAAAUGGGAAACUUCCUACCCAAAGGAUGGAAGCCUGAAAAUCUACCCUGGAGAUCCACUAAGAGCUGUUGGAAACACUAUCUGGCUAACCCCACGUCAGGCUACAAAUAAUCUUCUCUGGGAUUGCUGAGCAAGAAAGGACUGCAACAUGAACAGUGAAGAGUGUGAGGGUCACAGGAAGGUAGCUCUUCAACUCCACAUGGAAAAUUCAUCAGGAAUUAGCAGGCUAUGUUGAAGAGGUUACUGAGCGGGUGAUGGAGAAUUCAAAUAUGCUCCUGUGCUGAAAGAGUGGAAGCAAUGGAUCAGACUGCAGCCCGGCAAAACAAAGUGCUGUAUUUACUACAUUUCUAAAAGUAAGGUGCUUCUGAUUUGACAGCAGAUGCUGCAGGGAUGUAGAGCUUAAGGAAUUUUUAUGUUUUGCCAAAAUAUGAGGGGAACUCAGCGAGGGCAUCAGAACUGGGAUGCCACCGUUUUCUUUCUUCAGUAAUGCCUUUCUUCGCGUGCAUCCCUUGUAUGAUAUGCUGUUUCUAAACAGUAAAAACACUAAAAAUAAAAAGUCAGCAAGGUGGAUUGGCUGAUCAGGUGCAUUUAUCUUUGGAAGAGAUGGUCCUGGUCAUUAAGCUUCUGUUCUUUACCUGCCUGUGGCCGACAGCAGUGCUACACAGCUCUCAAGGUCAGCAUCACCAUCUUCACCAUCGACAACAAUUCUCAUUCUUAAGAAAGCAUAACAGCAAACGAGAUAUUAAAAUGAGGAAACUUGACAGCACCAAAGUCCGGCCACUUAAAUCUGAGCAGCUUCUUCGCAUAGAGGACCAUGACUUUGCACUGAGACCUGGAUUUGGAGGGUCGCCAAUACCUGUGGGCAUUGAUGUGCAGGUAGAAAGCAUUGACAGCAUAUCUGAAGUUGACAUGGACUUCACGAUGACUUUAUAUCUCAGACAUUACUGGAAGGAUGAGAGACUUUCAUUUCGUAGUACCAAAAACAAAAGUAUGACUUUUGAUGGAAGACUGAUAAAAAAGAUCUGGGUACCUGAUGUGUUUUUUGUACACUCCAAAAGAUCUUUCAUCCAUGAUACAACUGUGGAAAACGUCAUGCUCCGAGUGUACCCCGAUGGCAAUGUACUCUUCAGUCUCCGAAUAACAGUUUCUGCUAUGUGUUUCAUGGACUUCAGUAGGUUUCCUCUGGAUACCCAGAACUGUUCUUUAGAACUGGAAAGCUAUGCAUACAAUGAAGAUGAUCUGAUGUUAUACUGGAAACAUGGAAAUGAGUCCUUGAGCACAGAUGAGCACAUCUCCCUCUCCCAGUUUUUCAUUGAAGAAUUCAGUGCUUCCAGCGGACUUGCAUUUUACAGCAGUACUGGCUGGUACAAUCGACUCUUCAUAAACUUUGCACUCCGGAGACAUAUUUUCUUUUUUGUGCUACAAUCUUAUUUCCCAGCCAUGCUGAUGGUGAUGCUGUCUUGGGUUUCUUUUUGGAUUGACAGAAGAGCCGUCCCUGCCAGGGUAUCACUAGGCAUAACUACGGUGCUGACAAUGUCAACCAUCAUCACAGGAGUAAGUGCCUCAAUGCCUCAAGUGUCUUACAUAAAGGCUGUGGAUGUGUAUUUAUGGAUCAGCUUCCUUUUUGUCUUCCUGUCUGUCAUUGAAUAUGCAGCAGUGAACUAUCUCACCACAAUUGAAGAGAGAAAGCAACUCAAGAAAAGGGGCAAGGCCUCAGGAAUGUACAAUAUUGAUACAGUGCAAGCAAUGGCUUUUGAUGGCUGCUACCAUGAUCCUGAUGUUGAGAUGGACCUGCCUGCUUUCACUGACCGCUGUGAAGAGAAUGAAACUCGAGCACGAGCAGUCAGUGUCUCCAACGUGGGCACAGCUCGCAUCAAGAGGAAGAGAUCUUUUAAGGGAAACGUGGGCAGGAUUAUUCUACAGAACAACCACGUCAUUGACACGUAUUCCAGGAUUAUAUUUCCCAGUGUGUAUAUUGUGUUCAACUUUUUUUACUGGGGUUUGUACAUAUGAACAGAAAUCAUUAUAAGCUAGAUUUUAUCUUGGAUAUGUGGGUAAUGCAACAGCAGUAGAGGAAAGGGUUAAAAGCUUCUGAAACUGGCUUCUGCAUCAAACCAAGGCUGGUUUGGUUAACAGCAAAACUGCUGAUGGAAAAACUCUCACAGUCUGACAUUUCAGCUGGACUGCUCCAUAAUUCACUGGGACAACCCAAUGUGCAUGCUACUGCUGCAGUAUCACAGAAGCAGCUUGCUCACUAAGAGAGCCCUUUAUCACACACCUAAACAGAUAGCAGCUCCUGGCCAAUGUGUUAUCCAGUGUCCAUCUACGCUCUAACCAUUCCCCUUUAAUCAGCCUUUCUGUUUGUUCUCCACUUGUUAUCCAGUUGUUUUGCAGUCAGCACCAAUCACCUUCAAAUUGCCCCUACCCCAGUUUCACUUAAUGCAUUUCUGUUUUGCUAGACAACCUGUGUGCACCUCAGGAGCCUUUGUUCUUUGAUGGUAAGGAAGUGGGGAAAGCGACUGUGACUUAGCAGUGGGUUAGAGAUCAGCAGAAAGCAGGAAGAGUUGAAGAGGCUUUGAAGAGGCUUUGUACACUGUGCAUAACCAAUGCCUCAAGAAAAAUCUUCCUGUCAGCUGUUCCUGGCUUUCCAUCAGGCUACUGGGAAGGACCUCUAUUUUGGAGAAAUCUUGCUCACUAGUCCCCAAGAUAGCACAGGAAUAAUGACCCAAACCAAUGCACUUGGGGUCUUACAGCCACCUCCCCAUGAGUAAAUAGCAUCACCUACACAAGGUGUGCCCUUCAUGUGACACCCCCACACCUGUUCCUCAUGUGAAACUACACUAAUCACCUGCUUUCUUCCUAGCUGCUCAUUUCAGAAACCCAGCUUUGAGGAAGAUAUUUUAGAAUACUUCAUCAAGAAAACAAACCAACCUGUUACUUCUGACAAAACUUGGGAUUUUGUCCCACCCUUGGCUUCUGAGGUUGAAAGUUAGAGAAGCCAUUCAUGCCUGCAUGCGAUGCUGGUCCCCAUCACAGGCCAGGUUACUACACUGAGAUCUGAGAUACACAGGAAAUAAAAAGAAUCAUCUGUGCCAAAACAGAGCCACAUAUAGGAAUCCUACUGGUCCCAGAUGGAUGCUGCAUGGAAAUAAAUAGCCUUUCCGGGUAAGGGUACUGGCUAAGAAAGUAACACUUUUGGCUAAGGAAGUUGAAAUAACGAUGUCCAGGGACAUAACGAAAGUGUUCACAACUCCAGAAAAGAAUGAAGAAUACUUUCUGUGACUUCUCGAAGUAAGAAGCAUUUUUCACUUAAAUUUCCUGGGUUUAUCUGUCAUUUAAUGAAGUGGGUUUAAAUUUACAAAGUUGGUUCGAAAUAAUAAUUCGUGGUGGCAAAAAAUGUCAAAAGGUCACUGCUUGGUUAAGAUUAUUAGGAAAUGGGAAUAAAUUUG